AUGAAUGGUCUCACAAAACCGGUGCAAAUGCCUACGGCGAUGAAACAUUCUUUUGUUGUUAGCACAGAAGGUGGCGUGCUUCACCUGAUUGAGCAAGAUGGGACGGGAACAAAGUUGUGCCAGCUAGACUACCGUGUCGAGUUCGUUGCACAUUACCAUCAGAAAGAGCUACUCAUAGCUCUUGCCAGUGAUCUAAUGCUGUAUCAUUUCAACAUUCUCCCAGAUUCAACGAUUAAAGAAAGACUAAAAGUCAAAUUGAAUGGGAAACCUGGCAGUACUGUGAUUGUGCUCAAAGAGAAUCUUCUACUCAUUUCACAUCAAGAACGAGAUCUCAGAGUAUGGAAUCUGGAAACGGAAGAGAAUGGAACGAUCUCAUUACAAUCUGCAAAAGGUUACAGCGCUGACGAUGCAGUUCUUUGCAUGGAUUACUCGAAGAAAAAGGGUAUGCAAACUGAAAAGUAA